AUGGCAUUGAAGCAGAUUUCCAGCAGCAAGUGCUCUGGGGAAUUGCAGAAAGUUUUCGAACAUGUCAGUGUUGAACUGAACUGCAAAAUGAAGUUUGCUGUCUACUUACCACCAAAGGCAGAAACUGGAAAGUGCCCUGAACUGUAUUGGCUCUCAGGUUUAAUUUGUACAGAACAGAAUUUUAUAUCAAAAUCUGGUUAUCAUCAAGCUGCUUCAGAACAUGGUCUCUUUGUCAUUGCUCCAGACACCAGCCCUCGGGGCUGUAAUGUUAAAGGAGAAGAUGAGAGCUGGGACUUCAGCACUGGUGCUGGAUUUUAUGCUGAUGCCACAGAAGAUCCUUGGAAAACCAACUACAGAGUGUACUCUUAUGUCACAGAGGAGCUUCCCCAACUCAUAAAUGCCAAUUUUCCAGUGGAUCCCCAAAGGACAUCUAUUUUUGGUCACUCUAUGGGAGGCCAUGGAGUGCUGAUCUGUGCUUUGAAAAAUCCUGGAAAAUACAAAUCUGUGUCAGCAUUUGCUUCAAUUUGCAACCCUGUACUCUGUCCCUGGGGCAAAAAAGCCUUUAGUGGAUAUUUGGGAAAAGAUCAAAGUAAAUGGAAGGCAUAUAAUGCUACCCAUCUUGUGAAAUCCUAUCCAGGUUCUCAGCUGGACAUACUAAUUGAUCAAGAAAAAGAUGACCAGUUUCUUUUAGAUGAAGAGUUACUCCCUGAUGACUUCAUAGCUGCCUGUACAGAAAGGAAAAUCCCAGUUGUUUUUCUAUUACAGGAGGGUUAUGAUCAUAGCUACCUUCAUUGCAACCUUUAUUAUUGA